AUGCGUGAAUCCACUUUCCGUGGCUUUACGAGACUGUCAGCGGGAGGAUAUGUGACCAUUCGCAAUACAAGCAUACUGGAGGCGGCCAUGUUUCUUUUUCCGGUCAAAAAGAUAAACCUUGCACGCGGAACAUACGCUGCCGUUUGCGAUCAGGUGGGAGAAUAUUUUCGUUCCAAUUAUCAAUAUAAGAGGUGCUAUCACAAGUCACCACGCAUCCAAGGGGAAGACAAGACAAGUCAAGUCACCACGCAUCCAAGGGGAAGACAAGACAAGUCAAGUCACCACGCAUCCAAGGGGAAGACAAGACAAGUCAAGUCACCACGCAUCCAAGGGGAAGACAAGACAAGUCAAGUCACCACGCAUCCAAGGGAAGACAAGACAAGUCAAGUCACCACGCAUCCAAGGGAAGACAAGACAAGUCAAGUCACCACGCAUCCAAGGGGAAGACAAGACAAGUCAAGUCACCACGCAUCCAAGGGGAAGACAAGACAAGUCAAGUCACCACGCAUCCAAGGGGAAGACAAGACCAAAGACAAGACAAGUCACCACGCAUCCAAGGGGAAGACAAGACAAGUCAAGUCACCACGCAUCCAAGGGAAGACAAGACAAGUCAAGUCACCACGCAUCCACGCAUCCAAGGGGAAGACAAGACAAGUCAAGUCACCACGCAUCCAAGGGAAGACAAGACAAGUCAAGUCACCACGCAUCCAAGGGGAAGACAAGUCAAGUCACCACGCAUCCAAGGGGAAGACAAGUCAAGUCACCACGCAUCCAAGGGGAAGACAAGUCAAGUCACCACGCAUCCAAGGGGAAGACAAGACAAGUCAAGUCACCACGCAUCCAAGGGAAGACAAGACAAGUCAAGUCACCACGCAUCCAAGGGGAAGAAGACAAGUCAAGUCACCACGCAUCCAAGGGGGAAGACAAGACAAGUCAAGUCACCACGCAUCCAAGGGAAGACAAGACAAGUCAAGUCACCACGCAUCCAAGGGGAAGACAAGACAAGUCAAGUCACCACGCAUCCAAGGGGAAGACAAGACAAUUCAAGUCACCACGCAUCCAAGGGGAAGACAAGUCACCAGACAUUCAACGGUCUUAGUUUAUAUUUGA